AUGGGUAAUUGCUGGUUUAAGGGGAAUCCAUACUUUAACAGGGUUUCUUCCAAUGCAACCAAAUCAGAAUCUCCCAAAAUUCAGAGCCCAUCGGAGAGAACUGAAAAGGAGGACUGCCAGCUACCAUCCAACCCGAAAGAAGUGGAGGCGCUGCGAAAGGAUACAGCCCGCAAUCCUUUGAUAGCAUUCACAUUUGAGGAGCUCAAGAGAAUUACCAAAAAUUUCAGGCAAGAUUCAUUACUAGGGGGUGGUGGAUUUGGCAGAGUCUACAAAGGUUUCAUCACCAAGGAUCUCCGCGAAGGGUUAGAGAUAGAAGAGCCCCUGAGAGUUGCUGUUAAGGUCCAUGAUGGUGACAAUAGCUUCCAGGGCCAUAGGGAGUGGCUGGCUGAGGUUAUAUUUCUUGGACAGCUCUCUCACCCAAAUUUAGUGAAGUUGAUCGGCUAUUGUUGUGAAGAUGACCACAGGGUUCUUGUUUAUGAGUUCAUGCCCCUAGGAAGUGUGGAGUCUCAUUUGUUUUCAAGGGUUAUGGUGCCACUUCCAUGGUCGACCAGAAUGAAAAUUGCUCUGGGUGCUGCAAAAGGACUUGCUUUUCUGCAUGAAGCUGAGAAGCCAGUCAUCUAUAGGGACUUUAAGACAUCAAACAUAUUGCUAGAUGAGGAAUACAAUGCAAAACUAUCUGACUUUGGGCUUGCAAAAGAUGGACCAGUUGGCGAUAAGUCCCAUGUUUCAACUCGUAUUAUGGGUACCUACGGUUAUGCUGCACCAGAGUACAUUAUGACAGGGCAUCUAACAGCGAUGAGCGAUGUCUACAGCUAUGGUGUUGUACUACUGGAGCUCCUCACGGGCCGGAAGUCACUGGACAAGUCCCGACCAGUCAGGGAGCAGAUGUUGGCAGACUGGGCAUUCCCGUUGUUGACACAGAAGAAGAAGGUACUUGGCAUAGUAGACCCAAGGCUUGCCGAGGACUACCCAGUAAAGGCAGUGCAGAAGACGGCGAUGCUGGCAUACCAUUGCCUUAGCCGCAACCCAAAGGCUAGGCCGCUGAUGCGUGACAUCGUAGCAACUUUGGAGCCUCUUCAGCAGCUGGAGGAGACCCCUAGUGACAGUGUGGCGAUGACACUUGAAGGCACUUGA